UUAUAACAAAUUCGUAGUAUUUUUUUUUCUUUUUCAAUCAUGUAAAUUCUUUAUUUUUAUCUUAUUUUUCACCAUAUGCAUUUUCAUCUAUAGGGAUAGAAAGAGUUUGCAAGCUGAGGCAGACCCAGGGACGGAGCUGGCCGGGGGCCGUGGGAGCAGCUGCUCCCACUGCCAAAAUUUAGACUGCCCCAAAACGACGUUGUUUUGGGGCUGUUAUAUAAAUAUAUAUAACUUUUUUAAUUUUUAUUUCCUUUCUUACGCGGUUACGCCCCAGCCGACGCUAUUCUCCUCUGUCCUCUCUCCUCUACCUCGCGCCCUAGCCAGACGCCACCGCCCACCAGACACCGUCACACCAGUCGCCGACUCGCAGCUUCGCCAGCUUCUUCUUCAAGCUUCUAUCGUCGCUAGCUGCGCUGCCUUGUCUUCAACCGUUACCGGCUCCGUCUUCACCCUCAUGCCUCAGUAAUGCUGCGUGAAGAGGCGAGACCACGACUCCCUUCGCGAGAGCUGAAGCGGUGAAGCACUGCAAGUUUCGACGUUCCGUCGACUCCGCCCACCGCAAGUCGCGCCAGUCACACCACCGCUCACAGCCCACCCCAAGUCACGCCACCGCCCACGACCCACCGCAAGUUCCGUCAUUUCUCAGCCAGUAAGCUUCUGUGAGUUCCGACGCCACCACCAACGCCACUGGCCACCGCCCACGACUAACGACUCCGCUGCCAGGUAAACAGACAUGGCAGAUUACUUCCCAAGGCUUCCUGAGCCCUUAACUCAUCAUAUACUAUCAUUUCUUCCUUUCAAAGAAAUCGGCCGCACUUGCGUUUUAUCCAAAUAUUGGAAUAGCAUUUGGUGCAACUAUCCUAAUCUAGAUUUCUAUAUGGUGGAAAAAGAUGUGAAUAAUUGGGCAAAAGAAAAUCCAGAAAAAGCUCUAUUUGAUUACGUGAAAAACUCCUUUGAUAAGUUCCUAGAUGGAAGGCCUUUCAUACAAAAAUUCUGCCUACAAAUUGAAUGUUGCACUAUGGGGAGAGGUUUGACAAGAAAGUUGGAUCGUUGGUUACGUGUGUCGGUAAACAAGAAUGUGGCAAGGCUAGUGCUCAGAACUAAAAAUCUUUUGUCACCAUUCAGAUACUCUGUUCCUCAGCAUGUCUUCAUUGCACAAACGCUUGAAGUUUUGGAUUUGUUUUGGUGUACAUUGGAUACAGAUUGCAUUGUUCGUAUUGAUCUACCGCGUCUAGAGUUGCUCUCACUUUCCCACUGCUGGAAUUCAGGUGACAAAUUGCUGCAGAAGAUUGUGUGUGGUAGCCCUAAGAGUAAACACAUUGUGAUUUCUUGGUGCCAAGGGGGACAACCAAUGCACUCUAUUUCUGUUCCCAAGCUAGUCUCUGUUGCAAUGAGACUUGAAGUUUUAGAUUUAUCGGUGUGUACAUUGGAGGAACAUCGCUUUGUUGGUAUUGGGUUUCCAUGUUUGGAGAAGGUGUUUUUUAAGAACUGCAAGUUUGUAGGUAACAAUUUGCUAGAAAGGAUAUUGAGUGCUUGUGGCCCUAGUAUGAAGCAUAUAUCAAUUUCUUGGUGUAAAGGUAUAGGGAGGUCUCUUUCGGUUUCGUGUAAACCCCUAUUGAAGGGGUUUUUCUUGAGAUGCGACGAUGAGUUUGAAAGGAUUAAGAUUGAUGCGCCGAGUCUUCGGACAUUCUCGUAUGAAUCCACUAAUGCUGCGUGUGUUAUUGAUUUGAUGUCUUGUACAAAUCUGGAAAACUUAUAUGGAAGUAUUGGCAAGAGUUUGAAUCACCCAGCUUCUGCUUUGCUACUUCUUCAUAAAAUUUAAUUCCUAGUAUGAAAGAACUUGAUUUGCUUUGCAGCUAUGUAAUUUGCUUUCCAAACUAAUUUUAAACUCUGUAAUUUUAGAAUUAGAUUUAAUUGCUUUUAUAAAAGUUGUAGUUUAAAUAUGAUAAAAAUGCUAUGUAGUGGUUGUUUUGAAA